CUGGGUGGCUAUGCUGAGAUUUUUUCUUUUCUCGCGGCUCAGUUCCGACGGUGCAUCGAUAGUGGGAAGUGCUCUCUCCCCGGGAAAUCUCGUAUCGCGCACGACAGUCUGGUGUUCCUUUCCGUAUGCCAGGGAAUCCGCGCUCGUUCCAUUCCAUUCCGUUUGAGGAAGCUGUGGAGUGAGGGAAAAGUAGAAGGAAGUUAAAGCACAAUAAAAGGAUAAUUUGGCUCGCGACCGUCGUGCGUUUUCGAGGAAGGAUUGCUGUUACGGUGGUUGAGUCUGGGGAAGUUAUUUUUUGUGCACGGCGUGUAACCCGUGCCCGAUUCUGCAUGCAGUGGGCAGUUGGUUUUUUGGGUCGAGUGUGACCGGUAGCAGCCUUGUGAAAAAAGUGAAUCUUGGGACAUAAUUGGAGAAAAGGGAAGCGUGAAAGGCGAUUAAUGGGUGCCAAGUGAUUAUGUGCUGUGAGCUAUUUUCUCUCGAACGCACCUAGUGGACUUAAUUUGAUUUAUAAAAGAAAGAUUCCGACUGUGUCCCAUUCAUUGGCUGUGGGAGUUGAGGGAGAUUGGGAUCAGAGAAAAAGCCUAAGCAGCAAAAGUAGCAGCGACCGCAGAGUGAAUGAAGAGGCUGCGUUGGGUGUGGAAACGACGAUUUAUGUAUUUAUAGCAGUUGUGUUUUUGGAUGUUUGACAAACCUGAAAACGAGAGUCGCAGCAGCAUGUUGCGGCAACGCUAGAAGAAAGUGAAGUGCAGGGUAUCAUAAAGUAUCAUAAAAACCUAAACGGAGAAAGCAUCCAUGAGAAGAGUUUAACAAACAUCGUUACCAUCGUGCACCAUAAAACAUGUUCUUAAGAAAUUGAAUCGGUUUUACUUCGGAGAAGAGGGGUCAAUUAAGAAGAGCAACAAUGAAACCACAUCCAAUGAUCUUGAUAUUGAGUCUGCUUCUCGUAGAAGCCUUGGGACAUCGUUCAUACCUGAGAAGCUUCCAGACUCCAAGUGCUAUCGAUCCGUGCUACGAUGAAGAUCGUCCACGCAGAUGUAUGCCGGACUUUGUAAAUGCCGCAUUUGGCGUUCCCAUCGAUGCAUCCUCCAUCUGUGGAAAAGACAAACCAGCGAGAUAUUGCGACUAUAAGGAUCAAAAUACGCGGAACGAUUCAGUUUGCGACAUCUGUGAUGAUUCCGACCCAACCAAACGCUUUUCACCACUUGCACUGACCGAUGUAUACAAUUCUAACAACGUCACAUGUUGGCGCUCAGAGCCUCGUGUGGGAUCCGUAGACCCGGGAUCACCCGCAGAUAAUGUUACCCUAACCUUGUCUCUGGGAAAGAAGUUUGAGCUCACAUACGUCAGCCUGAUGUUUUGUCCGUACGCCAUUCGUCCUGACUCCAUGGCUAUUUUCAAGAGUGCUGAUUAUGGAAAGUCUUGGCAACCGUUUCAGUUCUACAGCUCCCAAUGUCGUAAGCUUUACGGGCGUCCCACUCGCGCCACUAUAUCCAAAGCAAAUGAGCAGGAAGCUCGCUGUGUUGAUCAUAAUCGUUUCAACGCCGACGGCAUUCAUGGGUCGCGAAUUGCCUUCAGCACUCUGGAAGGUCGACCUUCAGCUCAGGAUUUCGACUCUUCGCCGGUUUUGCAGGACUGGGUUACAGCAACUGAUAUUCGCGUAGUAUUCCAUCGACUCCAACCGCCAACAACCACAACCAUCCUGAAAACUCAAUCCUCUGAACAGCUCAAAUACAAAAAAUCAGAGUACAUCUCCAAGGAGAUUUUCACACCACCCUUGGCUGGGGUAUCCACCUACGCCCUGUCGGAUUUUGCCGUCGGUGGACGGUGCAAGUGCAACGGACAUGCUUCCAAGUGCAUCAAAGCGGUGGAUGGCAAGCUAGAGUGCGAUUGCAAGCAUAACACAGCGGGACGGGAUUGCGAGCGCUGUAAGCCUUUCUACUUUGACCGUCCGUGGGGCCGCGGCACCGUGCGGGAUGCGAACGAAUGUAAAGUCCAUAUCAUGAUUUGUUGUUCUGUUCAUGGCUUCUGGCCGGGUACCGAUCCCACUGAGAUAGCCAACACACUUGGGGAGUACUUCGCCAGUCUAGCGUCGGUGAACGGUUACUUCACCGACUUUCAGCGGAAAAUCGCUGGUAGCAUUUCGUCCCCAACAUUCUUUCAGGUUCUUCCAGAUGCACAAAGUUCUGGCUUCAAUCUACCGUUUUUUUGCUUCCGAGUUAUCGUUCCCAACAGUAAUGGAACGUCGUCCGGUCCCGAUGAGAUUGAGUACCCCAUGCUCAAAAAGCUAUCGCCUUUCGCCAAGAUCCGAUUCCUGAUUUGCUCACAAAUAAACAGCAUCUCCUCCGAGUUUCACGAAGUACCAGCCCAUCUCGCAGACCUCUGGUGUGUCCAAAGUCGUAGAGAAGAUGGUGAACCGGCGCUGCGCGACAAACUAGAACAGAAGCGUGGCAUCCUGGUUAUUUUUAUUGGAGAGCUGUGGAGGGCCAGCAAUAUCGGCAUGUGGUCGCUGCCUCGGGGGUCACCAUCAGUUGACAACAACAGCCAGUUCACGAUUGACAUCAAGGCCGCGGCCUCGCCAUCAGCUUCCUCGCAUCGAUAG